ACAAGAUAGAGCAUUUAAGAUUAAGAGAGUAGGGAACUGUAGAGUUGCCUUGGCAGGAGGGGAAAGCAUUAUGCAUUAUGGUGAAUUUAUCUUAGUCUACAAACUCAGUGGUCCCUCCCUCAUUAGCAAAGACCCAUCCACGCAAAUAAGAACCCAACGCCAAACUCUGGUGUGUCCUCUUCUCUUAAAUGCCCUCUUUUGCUUUUUUUUUCUCUAUAAACACAUGAUGGUUUUUUGGAGAGCUUGUUUAAGUUCCAACUUCCAAUGCGGCUGCUAUCAUCCGAACCUCAAGUUAACUCUACAUGUGAGUCCCAAAGCUGCAGCUGGAAGCCUUACUCUCAUCCCAAUGACUUUGCUGCCAACGCCUCUAUCCUUCUCAUCAUCAUUUUCUCAUCUCUCAUCUGCGUCCUCUCUCUCCAGGCUGCCUUACGUUGUUGCCUCCGUCCAGUCCUCCAGGAAGACCCUAAACCCGACCCUGACCCUGAGAUCUCUCGUUCAGAAGCUUUCCCGGUACUUUUCUACUCCCCUGGACUGAACCUGGCAGGCACUGAAGCAGAGUGCAUCAUUUGCUUGUCUGAAUUCGAGGAAGGUGACAGCAUCCGCGUGUUGGAUAGAUGCAAACAUGGAUUCCAUGUUCACUGCAUCCAGCAGUGGUUCUCCUCCAACUCUUCCUGUCCCACUUGCCGUACAGACAUCUCUUCCUCACCAACAGGAACUACUUAGUCAGAUGACGUCAUGGUUUUGCCAACUUUUAAUUUCCUUUUUAUUUUAUUUCAACCUCGUACCUCUAUCAUGUUUUCCCAAACUAGUUUAGUUGUUACCUUUUGUUGUUUUAUAUUCCAUGAAAUCAUAAACAGUCACACAAAUGGAGUAGUGAUAUU